AGCUGCAGGAGGCGGAGAGAAUCUCCAGCCCAAGCUGCUCCUGCCUCGGAUCUAAAGGCUGUAGAAUGGGAUCCUCUAAACGCCGAGGAGCGCAUGGGCGCUAGAAAGCUCGACCUGGAUGGACAGUAGAGCGGCUGGACAGUGCUUAUGUACAGAGGCUACGCCAGGCUUAUUUAGAGAGGCUCCGUUUUAUCUGUUGCGUUUUUAAGCUAGCCUACCCUUACUCUCUAACUUUUUGGCAGUCACUUGGUGUCUUUUGCAUAGAUGGCAGGAAAAUGAGAGUGUGAAUGGGGAUGUCUCUAAAUAAGGGUACUUGAGCCCAGGGUCCGCCUCCUCCAGGGAGGCUGGGCUGGAACCUCGGUGGGAGAUAGUUCGAGGAUGAGCCCGCUAGUGUGGUGUAAACUAAAUCCAGGGCCUGGUGGCUAUUAUCAUAUUUACACUGGAGAUUCCCAAGCUUGGCUGCGUAUUAGAAUCACCUAGAGAGUAGUGAAAUAUUCCAGUGCCCAGAUCACAUACCAUACCAAAUUAAAUAUCAAGGGGUAGAGCCAGUCAUGUUUUAAAGAUCCUUGGGUGAGUCCAAUGUGCAGCAAAGUUUGGGAACUACUGAACGAGACCAGAAAUGAUCGUAACUUGAAUCGGAGGAGUAAGCUGUGGAGAUGAUGAGAAGUGUUCAGAUUCUGAAAAUAUUUUGGAGAUUUCAACACGAUUUCCCGACAGACCAGAUAUGGGAUGUGAGAGAAAUAAAGACAUCAACAUCAAGCUUUUGGAUCAAGAGAGAGACGCGGAGGGGCAGAGAGAGAAGGAGUCACAGAAUCCGAAGCAGGCUCCAGGUUCUGAGCUAUCAGCACAGAGCCCGACACGGGGCUCGAACUCACGGACUGUGAGAUCAUGACCUGAGCUGAAGUCGGACGCUUAACUGACCGAGCCACCCAGGUGCCCCAAGAGUGAAAAUUUAAUGAAUUACAAGAGGAAGAUCUUGAUGUGGUUUGGCAUUUCCAACUCAGCACUACAAACCAGGAACCGCUUGCAGCUCUCGUGAAUUUUUGUGACCUCAUAGAGGACUUCCACUGCCAGCUUUGCUGGUGAGCACUUCAAGCUGGUUCUCCUAAGUGGACAAAAGCAGGCAUUUGCAUAACAGGAAAUGGAAGAAACUGAAGAUUUUGUGGGUCAGGGACCACACCCAGUUGAUGAUGAUUUAUUUAAAGAGCCAAUGAAAAAAAGAAGACGUUCAGAUAGAGACCAGCGGUUCCGAGCAUUUCCCUCCGUGGAACAAAGUGCUCUUAAGGAAUAUGAAAAACUGGAGUCACGGACCAGAAGGGUUUUGAGCAAUACUUAUCAGAAACUUAUUCAUUCUGUCUUCCUGGAUGACAGCAUUCCUAAUGGAGUCAAGUAUCUCAUAAACAGGCUACUUGCCUUGAUUGAAAAACCAUCGUUGGACCCAAUCUACAUUGGAUUAUUUGGAAGCACAGGGGCUGGGAAGAGCUCCCUGAUCAAUGCCAUCAUCCAGCAAGCAAUGUUUCUACCAGUGUCUGGAGAAAGUAUAUGUACAUCGUGUAUUGUACAAGUGAGCUCAGGCUGCUGUGAACAAUACGAGGCCAAAAUCCACCUUCUCUCUGACCAAGAGUGGAAGGAAGAGCUGAAGAACUUGACUAAACUCCUGCACAGGACAGAGGAACUGGACAGAGAAGAGGCAGAUGCAUGGGACAGGGAUGAUGCAGUGGAGGAAGCCAUCUGGAAGCUACAAAUGCUUUAUGGAAAUGGGGCGGAAAGGAAGAACUAUGAAGAGUUACUAAGGGCAAAGCCCAAAGGGAAGAUUCCCACAUCCAGAAUCAUCACCCUCAAGGCAGAAGAGGCAGAAGAGCUGUCUGUCAAGCUGGACCCUUACAUCCGGACGCACAGGAGAGACUUGGAUGGCGAAUCAGCUGAGACACAAAUUUGGCCCUUGAUCAAACAUGUGGAAGUGACUCUUCCCAAAUCAGAGAUGAUUCCAGAAGGGGUUGUGUUGGUGGACAUUCCGGGCACCGGCGACUUCAACAGCAAGAGGGAUGAGAUGUGGAAAAAGACCAUUGAUAAGUGCUCAGUGAUCUGGCUGAUCAGUGACAUCGAAAGAGUUUCUGGAGGGAGAGCCCAUGAAGACCUUUUGAAUGAGAGCAUCAAAGCCUGCCAAAGGGGCUUCUGCAGGGACAUUGCCCUGGUGGUCACCAAGACCGACAAACUCCACCUGCUGGAGUAUCUAAGGGAAAGAAAAGUGGGAAAUCAAGCUAUUCAGAGUCAGCGAGAGGCCGUUUUAGAAAGAAAUGAAGUGAUAAAACUACAAAGGAAUGGAAUUCUCAAGGAAAAACUAAAGAGAAAACUGCCUGCCGACUCCAAGGUUCUGGAAGCCUCUGAUCUCGUGUACACAGUCAGCGCCCAGGAGUACUGGCAACAGGCUCUCCUCACCGAGGAGGAAACUGAAAUCCCCAAGUUAAGAGGCUAUAUCAGGAAGAGGCUCUUGGACAAGAAGAGGAGGAUGGUGACCAAGUAUGUUACUGAAGCCUUUGGUCUGUUGCUCCUCACGGACAGUUUCAACUGCAUGGAAAACCUGCCGAACGAAUUCUUGCACAUGAGUGGCCUGCGGAGAUUUGUGGAAGAGAAGAUACAGCUUCUGGAGAAGGUCAUUGACCAGUGCUUUGCCCACAUCAAACAGCCUCUGCAAGAAGGAGUCAGAAAUGCCAAGGCUUCCUACCGACGGAUCCUCGGGACAUGCCUGGUGAGGAGUAGAGGAAACCAGGGCUUUCAUCAGACUCUGAAAGCUGUUUGCCUGAAAAAUGGCAUCUAUGCCUCCAGGACUCUUGCAAGAAUAGAUCUGAACGAAGCCAUCACUCAGCCCAUCUAUGACCAGAUCGAUCCCGUUUUUGGAGGCAUUUUUAGAGCUGGAAAGCCCACUGGGUCAGCAUUGCUGCCUCACGUAGAAGCUUUUAAGCAUUCUCUACAGGAGAAAAUGAUGGAAAUUGGAAUAAGAAGUGGCUGGAAAUAUGAUAGUUACAAAAAAAGUUUUCUGAUCCAGGAGAUAAGUGCCAUCCUGGGAGGCCUGGAAGAUUACAUCCUCAGAAAGAAGAGGAGGAUCUAUGAGUCUCUCACCACCUCUGUUCAGAGCGACCUGAAGCCCUGUUAUGAAGAGGCCGCUCAGAUUGCUGGCAAAAAAGCAUGUGAGAGAAUGAAAGACGUCAUCAGGAGAGGGGUGGACCGGCAGGUGGCCGAGGGCAUGUUUGAAAGGGCUCAAGAAAGAAUGCAGCACCAAUUUCAACAACUGAAGAAUGGAAUCACGGAGAAGGUGAAGGGAAGUAUCGCCACCAUGCUGACCCUUGCUUCAUCCCAGGGGGAUGGUCUCUACAAGGAGCUUGCAGACGUCAAAAGUGAAUACAAGGAGAUGGAGAAGCUACACAGAGGCCUGAGGGAGGUGGCUGAGAACGCAGUGCUACGGAGAGGCAUGCAGGAUUUCCUUCUGAAGAUGUCCCCGAGCAAAGUUGUUCCCCCCAAAUCAUAAACAUAAUUCAUAGGGCUUAGCACCAAGUAGAUGAAAAACAAGCCUGGAGCCAAACAACCAGAGUUACUUGUGUUUUUAAAAAUCUAAUAAAGAAUAUCUCCCAA